AUGAGUGCCCUUGUAGAUUUCAGCCAACCUAGCUUGUGGAUAUCCGCGGCGAGCAUUGUGUUUAAUCCCACGUUUUGGAACAUCGCUGCGCAGCAAGAAUACCAUAACAAGGUCAUCACCAAGCUUUUCGGCGGGAACCCACGGCUCGGCUGCUAUGCGCUUGCUGUGACAAUCUUCUCGCUGGGCAUCUUCAGAGACUACCUCUAUAACGAGGCCCUCGCUGCGCAACCCACCCACCCAACCCUCCUCUCCCCGCUAGUCAAAUACUCCGCCAUUCCCCUCUUCCUCGCCGGAAACACACUCGUCCUGACAUCCAUGUGGGCGCUCGGUGUCACUGGUACCUACCUCGGCGACUACUUCGGCAUCCUCAUGGACGCGCCCGUUACAUCCUUUCCGUUCAAUGUAUCCGAAGCGCCCAUGUAUCACGGCUCAACGCUAAGCUUCCUCGCCACGGCCAUCUGGUUUGGAAAGCCGGCCGGCAUACUGUUGACGUUCUUGGUGGCUACAACAUAUGCAGUUGCAAGGAGGUGGGAAGAUCCGUUCACGGGCACGAUUUACGCCAAGCGGGACGAGGAGAGGAAGAAGGGAAAGAAGGGCCAGUAG